CCCACGCUAGCGGUUCCGGGUUGUGCAACACGUGAAUGCGUGCCCAGUCGCUGUUGGACUGAGCUACGGGUCACGGGAAGGAUUUGGCCAAGUUGGUUUUAUCACUUCGCGUUCUUUGGGAAGUUGCUCUUCCAUGGAGGUUUCCUGCGUUUUGCGCAGGUUGGGAACCGGGUAUAGAUCGCUGUGGUCAGUGCUUGGGUCGGCAGGAGCUGUCAGGCGCUUCUGUAGGGUUUCUUUCACUUACACGGAGAAUAAAGGCAAGUGCAUCCCCAAAUCCUGGCUGGGGAGGACAAGGUCUCGUCCCUAUAAAGAUACGUUAUGUCGACUUACCUCCACUGAUGCCUCCCAAGCUACCUUAGCCAGUGUAGCCCCUGUAUUUGCUGUGAUGCAGUUUGACAAAGCAGGAAAUAUAAUGUCAUAUGAACGAAAAAAAACUGAAUUGUAUCAGGAAUUAGGUCUUCAAGCACGAGACUUGAGAUUUCAGCAUCUGGUUAGCAUAAACUCGAGAAAUAGGAGGAUUAUUUUAAGGAUGGAGUUUUUAAAAGCUGUUAUAACACAAGACUAUCUUUUGAUACUGGAUUAUCGAAACUUGAACCUGGAGCAGUGGCUGUUCAGAGAACUGGCACCUCAGUUAGCAGGAGAAGGACAGCUGGUCACAUAUUCUCUGCCUUUUGAAUUCAGAGCUUUGGAAGCAGUUUUACAGCACAGGAUCAGCACUCUUCAAGGGAGACUUCAGUUUUUGCAGCCCCAUAUCCUGGAAACCUUGGAAGCUUUGGUGGACCCCAAACUUCUGUCAAUUGAUAGAAGCAAAUUGCACAUAUUGCUGCAAAGUGGAAAAAGUUUAUCAGAAUUAGAAACUGAUAUUAAAGUUUUUAAAGAAGCAAUCCUAGAAAUCCUGGAUGAGGAUGAAUUAAUAGAGGAGUUAUGUCUUAGCAAACAUACAGAUCCUCCAGUUGUAGAAGAGAACACUUCCAGGAUAGACCAUGCUGAGGAGAUGGAACUGCUGCUGGAGAAUUAUUAUAGACAAGCAGAGGAUCUUGCCAAUGCAGCUAGAGAGCUAAGAAUGCUUAUUGAUGAUUCAGAAAGUAUCAUUUUCAUCAACCUAGACAGCCACCGAAAUGUCAUGAUGAGGCUGAACUUACAGCUAACCAUGGGAACAUUCUCAUUGUCCCUUUUUGGACUUAUUGGGGUUGCCUUUGGUAUGAACCUGGAGUCUUCAUUUGAAGAGGAUCCUCAAGUGUUUUGGCUGGUUACAGGAAUUAUGUUUUUGGGCAGUGGAUUGAUAUGGAGAAGACUGCUGUCAUUUCUUGGAAGGCAUUUGGAGCCAUCUAUGCCACCCCCAGUGCCUUCAUUGCUUAAGAGAACAUACCCAUUAAGUGGAAGAGUAGAAACCAAGAAUGGCCACAAGGUAGAAUCGUUUGCAUCAAACAGGAGCUUCAUGAUGAAUAAAUAAGCUUCUAAGCUGCAAUAGAAGGACAUGACUGUUACCUGAAAGUGAAGAAUAGCUGAAAGGAUCAAGAGGAGUCUGUCAGUUGAUUUUUAUCAUAUCUGUACUGUGCAAUUUUGGAUGUUUUUAUCAUGUUUAGCAGAUAUAAAGAGACA